UGAUGUGAUGACAGAGGAGGAGGAAUAAUAAUAAGAAAGAAGUGUCAAAACUCUGUUAUUAUUGAUGUGAAAUAUUUUUUGAAGUGUAGCCGAGACCUAGGCCUACAGUUUAAAUUGCUGAAUAGAUCUAAACAAAGUGUAAACGAUGGCUGUUACGAAUAAUACACCAAUAUCUGAAAUAUUAAAAAGCAAAACUUCUUUAGAAGAUGAGCCAAAAAAGAAGUCAAGAGAAGAUUGGAGGAAGGCUAAAGAAUUAGAAGAAGCUAGAAAGGCAGGCACAGCCCCUGCUGCAGUUGAUGAGGAGGGGCGAGAUAUCAACCCCCACAUACCUCAGUACAUAUCUGCCGCUCCAUGGUACUUUGGCAGUCAAGGACCCACUCUCAAGCAUCAACGGAUACAACCUGAGAGCGUCAAGAAGCCAACUCCCAUAGACCUAUGGUACAAACGUGGUGUCAACAAUGAGGUGAAAGCUACAAAGUACCGCAAGGGAGCCUGUGAGAAUUGUGGUGCAAUCACUCACAAACGCAAGGACUGCAUGGAGAGGCCGCGGAAAAUCGGAGCUAAGUUCACCAACACACUUAUCGCACCCGAUGAGUUUGUACAGCCUGUAAUUGACGCAGACUACGAUGGUAAACGGGACCGCUGGGCUGGCUACGAUCCGUCUCAACACAGACUGAUUGUAGAUCAGUAUCACAAGAUAGAAGAGGCUAAAAGACAACUCAGAGCUGACAAAUUGAACGCUGGAGAGGGGCAGGGAAGUGAGCUUGAUGAUGAAGAAGAUGAGGAUAAAUACGUAGACGAAGUCGACAUGCCUGGUACGAAAGUUGACAGUAAACAGAGAAUUACUGUUAGAAAUCUGAGAAUUCGAGAAGAUACAGCAAAAUACUUGAGAAAUCUUGACCCGAAUUCAGCCUACUACGACCCCAAGACAAGAUCUAUGAGAGAUAACCCACAUGAGGAGGACAUAGUGAAACCUGAAGAAGAGCAAGACUAUGCUGGGGAGAACUUUGUGCGGUUCACGGGUGACACAAGGAAACACGCAAAAGCACAACUGUUUGCAUGGGAGGCGUAUGAGAAGGGCGUGGAUGUCCAUCUGUUGGCUGAACCCACUAAGUUGGAGCUGCUACAGAAGGACUAUGAGCAAAAGAAGGACGAGUUCAAACACAGAGUACAACAGAACAUCUUGCAAGAGUACGGUGGAGAGGAACAUCUACAAGCCCCGCCCAAACAGCUGCUACUAGCCCAGACUGAGGACUACGUAGAGUACUCUAGAUACGGCAAAGUUAUCAAGGGUCAAGAGAAGAGCAUAGCAAGGUCCAAGUACGAGGAAGAUGUGUUCCCGAACAACCACACAUCUGUGUGGGGCUCAUGGUGGCACAACGGCGCCUGGGGAUUCAAGUGUUGUCACUCUCUCAUCAAGGGUUCUUAUUGUACUGGAGAAGCUGGGAAGGCUGCAAAUGUCAGUGUCCCUCUUGAGGUUGACAAAAAUCCAUUCAAAAAAGUUGAUUCUCCACCACAAAAGAAAGCAUCAAGUUCUGAGGAUGAUAGUUCUUCAUCUUCCUCGUCAUCGUCAUCUAGCUCUUCAAGUGAGUCUGAAAGUGAAAGUGAAAAGAAGAAAAAAGAAAAACCCCUAAAGAAGAAGAACAAAAAGAAACUGCGUAAAACUAAACUAAGGGAGAAGAAAAAGAAGGAUAAAGAAUUGUCUACAGAAGAAAAAAUAAAAGCUGCAAUGAAAAAACAAAAGGAAGACGAAGAAGAGGCCGAGCGUCUUUUAAAAAUGGACGAGCGGAAGAGACCUUACAACAGCAUGUUUGAUGUGAAAAAGCCCACUGAUGAAGAAAUGGAAGCUUACUUCAGGAAGCGGAGAAGAGAUGAAGACCCAAUGCUUGCUUACAGUUGAACACUGUACAUUAUUACACUGGAUAUUAAACUGUUGUCAAGUUUACAUGUUUAUAUGAGUAAAUAUAUGUUUUAUGGUAACAAAGA